UCACUGGUAUACUGUUGGGAAGGCAUUCAUUAAAGGGAAUUACACAUGGAAAACAUUUCAAAUCACUGGUAUACUGUUGGGAAGGCAUUCAUUAGAGGGAAUUACACAUGGACAACAGCACCAUUGGUGUCUUCUCACUUAGUGUGGUAAGUGGGACUGUGCAUCAGAAAACAGAAGAGCUGUGAAUGUAUUUCUACAUUACUGGUAGUUGUCUCAACAUUGUGUUUCCAAACAUGGUUUUACACAAGGUGUGGUUGAAGAAAAGAGGAAUUACAUUGUGUAAAAUAUUGGCAAUCUUGACCUACAUUGAGCAAAACACGCUAUUUUGACUAUUGCUGAAUUGGUUCGCUCAAAAUAACUAAAUUACAUUCUGUGAGUGAAAAACAUGGCAUGACACUGGCUUGGAAAGUCGUUGUUCCACAUUAUACCCCUUCAGUUGAUGUUGUUAUUACACAAAUGCAAUGCAUUUUCUAUGAACUUUUCCCCAUGUAUAUUAUACUCCAUAAUCAUGGUUAUACACAGGGCGAUUUGACUUUUCUUUACAAAAUAUUUUUCACGCCAAGUUGCAAGAAGGAUCCCAGCUCCCUCUGACCGCUGCUGUUGUUUCCAUGGAAACGACAACAUAACGCUGCGGCUAACCCGCUCAGUGGCUCCAGUGACGCCCUCUCGUCCCCAGGCCAGACUGUUAAACAGAGCGGCAUGUCGGAGGGAGAGGACGACGCGGCGCUGUCGGAGGGAGAGGAGGCGGCGAAUGACGACGGACAGGAGGAAAAUACGUCCGAAAAAGAGGAACAGAUCGAGCCAUGCCCUCUGACCAAGGAAAUUCUGAUCCCGGGUCUGUCUCUUUUGUGUCGCACCGGGAACGGCCUGGCGCACGCCUUUGUAAAGCUCGAACUGAAAGACAGACGUCUGACGGACAUGGCCCUGGUUAGCUCGUUUGUCCACCUGCGUUUCCUGGACGUGUCAUCCAACCACCUCUCGGACCUUUCACCCCUGGCCGCCCUCACACAGCUGCUGUGGCUGAAGGGUGAUGGUAACAUGGUGGCCGGGUUCAGAGGUCAGCCCCUGGGUCAGCUGACCUACCUACAGUGGCUGAGUCUGGCCCUGAACCGCCUCAGAGACCUGGAAGGCCUAAAAGGCCUCGCCCUGGAGAGCCUCAACCUCAUUGGUAACGGUAUCCAGAGGGUGUCGGGGCUACGGUACCAUCACCUGACCAACCUGGUGACUCUGGAACUGAGAGGAAACAAACUGGAGACCACCGACGGAAUCUACCUACCCAACCUCCGACGCCUCUACCUGGCCCAGAAUACUAUCAAGCGUCUGGAGGGUCUGGGUAAGCUGGAGCAUCUGACCACCCUGCACCUCCGAGACAACCAACUGGAGAAUCUAGACGGCAUCAGUCCCAACAUGAAGGCCCUGCAGUACCUCAACAUCAGGGGUAACCUGGUGUCUGCCCAGCGUGCCUUGCGUAGUCUGGUGGGCGUAUCCAGGACAUUGCGAGCGCUGGUCCUAUCGGAAAACCCUCUCGUGGAGACGGAGGACUACCGUCUGUGUGUCCUGAGCCGCUUGCCGUUGCUGGAGCGUCUCGACAAGGAACCCAUCUCUCCCGAGGAGAAGUCUGAGGCACAGGAGAAACUCAGGGAGUUUAAUGAUGAGGUGGCUGCUGAGGCACAGGAAUACUAACUCACCAUCUUCCAGUCACUCCUCUCCCAGUCACUCCUCACCCAGUCACUCCACCAGCCCACAUCCAAGACCUACAUAGAUCCUUGUGUGUGUGUGAACAAGUUUGUACUAGCUAGUUAAAUGUAUUCCUGGUAUAUCCUCAGCAGUUCUGUUCCUGGUGUGGAGACAGACUAGCUAGUUAAAUGUAUUCCUGCUAUAUUAACCAAGGAAGAUUGUAUUUAUAGACAACUACAGACGCUCUAUUUUCAAAACAAUAAACAUUUAUUGAUUGGUAAACAUUUAUUGAUUGGUAAACAUAUAUUGAUUGGUAAACAUAUAUUGAUUGGUAAACAUUUAUUGAUUGGUAAACAUGUAUUGAUUGGUAAACAUGUAUUGAUUGGUAAACAUUUAUUGAUUGGUAAACAUUUAUUGAUUGGUAAACAUGUAUUGAUUGGUAAACAUGUAUUGAUUGGUAAACAUGUAUUGAUUGGUAAACAUGUAUUGAUUGGUAAACAUUUAUCUUUGUCUUUGAUAA